CAUCAUCCCUUUAUCGUCAUAUGUGUAAAUACGUAGUUGGAACAGAAAAUCACGUUAAAACCAUAAGACUGAUGAACACAAUUUGUGAUAAUCUUUCCAGUGACGACAUAAAAGUGAUUAUUACAAGCGGAAGUUUUGGUGAAGGACUGCAGAUGAUCGGUAGUGAUCUAGAUCUUAUGUUUGUCUUAAAGGACAUCGAGGUUCACGAUAGCAGAACGCCUAUUGUUUUUAGUCGUUCAAAAACAAAUUUCUCAAUGAUGACAGAAGGUACAAAACCAGGUUUUGUUAUGUUGCAACUUAUCGGUAGUCCUCAUCCCCUCUUUUGUAAAAAAUGCAGGAUGGACAAUUAUCUUUCAAAUGUCUUAUUCAAACAAACAUUUUUAAACGAGUUAGGUCCCUUUGUACAUGGACCUUGCAUAUCCGAUAUUCAUGGUCUUUUUGACAUGGCUCCUAGCCUCCAUAGUAAAUCUUGGUUUAAAGCCGCAUCAGGAUGGAUUGUGAGAUCAAAUAGUGCAUGGCCAAAUGAAAACACAAAACAGUUGAUCAUUGAUCACGGUGUGCUGUUUGUACCAAUCGGUGCUAAAGGAUCACCACACGAGGAAUUUGAAUGGCGAAUUUCAUUUUCAGUUGCUGAAAAACUUCUUAUUUAUACGUUCAGUCAUACGCAGUUACUUUGCUACGCACUCAUGAAAAUUCUUUUAAAGGAUGUAAUAAAUACUGAUAGUAGAUGUACAAAUUUAUUGUGUUCCUAUUACUUGAAGACAAUUAUAUUUUGGAUAUCAGAAGAGAUACAACCGUCUGCAUGGACACCUGCUAAUUUGAUUCCUUGUUUUAUGAGAUGUUUCCGUCGGCUGAUUUAUUGUGUGCAGUAUCAAGUUUGUCCACAUUAUUUUAUUCCAGAAAAUAAUAUGUUUGAGAAUAAGAUAGAAGGAUUAGCUAGGACUAAUUUAAUACAUACACUUCAUGUAUUUAACAAAAGACGUAUCGGUAUCCCUGUAUCAGUAUAUGUGUCAAAAUAUAGUAGGUCCAGAAAUCACGUGGACACAAAUAGAUUGAUGCAUACAGUUCGUGAUUAUUUAGCUAGUGUUGGUACAACAGUCAACAUUACCGAUGGAAGUUUUGGUGAAGGUCUCGAUAUGCGUGGAAGUGAUAUAGAUAAUAUGUUUGUGUUUAGUACAGAUGGCGAUGUAUUCAGUUUUCAGAUCAAAUAUCCAAUGCUGAGUGUUUUUCAGCCAACUUUCAAAAUCAUCAAAGUAUCGUGA